UCCCAAAACCCACCGGAAAACAGCCCGCUUUGCCAGAAACUAGAACACAUUGCCAGGAAACGGCUCUCAAAAUGUCAAGCCCUGCUGGUCUACCACAAAAAAUGCUAGAACAACCCCGACCCCACAGGACUCGGUAUUACGCCCACCGAGUCGGUGAGACUCUAACAAAUCGCUUCUUCAAGUUCUUUUGCUCUUGCUUCCUAGGCCUCCUCCUCCUAGUGGGCGUGGUGGCCUUUGUUCUGUGGCUUAGCCUUAGUCCUCAUAGGCCUAGAUUUCACAUGGAGAGUUUUUCGAUACCGGGAAUUAAUCAAGCAAUUGGUUCUCAAAAUACCGUCGUUAAUUUCAAUAUUUCGGCCCGAAAUCCAAACCAAAAUAUCGGUAUUUAUUACAAUGCAAUGGAGGGGACGGUGUUUUUUCGGGAUCAGGUGAUCGGCCGGACACCGUUGAUCUCCACUUUCUAUCAGCCACCCAAGAAUACGACGUGGAUCUAUGGGAUGCUCACAAGUGGUGGUGUCUCGUCCACCGGAAUGCAAGAGAUGAUACGGCAGUUCACAGCGGGAUCCGUUGAUUUCAGGGUGGAACUAACGGCCAUGAUUCGGUUUAAGGUCACUACGUGGCACGGCAAGAACCAUCGGAUGCAUGUGAGCUGUGAUGUAGCCUUAGGGCAGAAUGGGCAAAUCUUGGAGAGGUCUAAAGAGAGGAGAUGUUCUCUUUACUUUUCGUAGUGUAUUUUCAUCUCCUUAUUUUAGUUUUUUUGUUUCCACUCAUUUGCUUUUAAUUUUCAUUUACAUUUUAUUUUAUUUACCAAUUGUUUGUUAAGGCUUACGUGUCAGGCGAACAUAGGCUGGUCUUCCAUUUGGGUUUCUUAAUGUUUACAUGGGAGUGUGACUUUCAAAUAGAUAGAUAUUUAUUUGUAAUAUUUCUUUAAUAAAUUUAUUAAG